UCAAAACUUGCGUUGCGAGAGUUUAAUAUACAGACCAAGAUUUGUUCAAUUAUUUGCCUUUGACAAACUUUUCGUUUUGUUUCAUCAACAAAGCUCUAUUAUUAUUAAUUUUCUGUCAUCUAACUCGCUGUAAUGCAUUAAAUGUCCCAAAAUUAUAGACAAGCUCAAAACUGUCCUACUUUUGAAAUAAAUAAUUUAUUUGAGACGGCGGUGAUCUAAAGUGCGGGUGUACUUCCGAACUUUUUAGCUUUCAUUUAUUGACCAUCAAACAAAGUUCAGCAAGACACGAUGGAAAGCUCUGACACUCAUUCGGGCGAAGGAGAGGUGGACAACAACAUGGCUUCAAUGACAGAUGCCUGUCAAAUCAUCGACUCUCUGCAUAUAGGUCUUAAGAUUCCCCCCAACAUGCAGCCUCCGGUGGAACUGCACCACUUCUCCAUCGCCUACUUGCCAGUGAGUGACCAGUCCUAUGAGAACCCAGCCUCUAUCAUGAUCGCACUUGCAGAACUCAACAAGGAAAUAGAGAUUCAGAAGAAGGUGGUUCAAUAUCUGGACGAGGCACAGGAACAUGCUAAGAAUCUGUACACGUGGAGAUCUCUGAUGCGACUGUUUGUCAUGGGAAGACCAACUCUGUCGGAACGAACGGAUGAAAACAAGGCUGCUCUAAGCGAGUGUCUGAAAGUAAUGGAACCUGAAAUCCGGAAGGCCUUCCAGCUGUACAAGUACCACAAGGAGGCAUCCAAGUUCCUGGCUGGCGAGAUCCACAAGUUUUCUCAGAGUCUCAUCAAAGGGGACGACAAAGGUCCCGGGAACAAUCGAAACUUCUACUCAGAGACGUGUCUUGUCACCAUGGGCAAGAUGAUUGGCUCGUUUGUGGCCCUGGACAACCUCAUCUGUUUCAAUGCUGCUUUCAGAAAUGACUUUGCAGAAUACAACAGGACACUGAUCAAGGCAAAGAAUGCAGGAGUAGCGCCGAACAAUGUUGAAGAGGACCAGAAACUGGGAGAAAUGAAGAUGUUCUUUGCCCAGAAGACACCCCUGCAGGAUUCACUUUUCAAGUUCCUGCAGGAGUCCGACCAAAUGAACACAGGUGUUGGAAGCGGCCUCGUGAUCAACUUCUUCAAGAAACUCAUAGUCACGUGUGCAGAUAGUUUUUCACGCGGGAAGCUCGUCCUUCCCUCUGAAAAAGAAGAUUACUUGAAGAUUAUCUCUUGCUGUCUGAAGUUCAUAAUGAGGAAUGAGAAAAAAUUUGAAAGCAACAAUCAAGUUUACAAGAAGUGUUUCAACGACGAAGAGCGCAAAAAGAUAGUGACGUGUUUCAAGACUAUCUCGGUGUUGAAGGAUUUCGGGGAUGUGCCGAUAGAUGAGAACCAGCUGCUGGAGGACAUCAACAAUGGAAAAGGAUCCGACAGACAGAGCUCACUGCACGACAGACUGGGUGAUUUCGAGCGGGAGCACGGGGCAGUGGUGUGUAGAGUGAUGGAACUGGUGCGGGCAUACAAUCUCAUGAUGGAGAGGGCCAUGAAGGCAUACAUUAGCGAGAGCGAACUGGAGGACUACUUGGACUCAGUCGCCGAACAGUGUUCGAGUACAUCAGACAAAAAGAACAAUGUUGAAGAGGACCAGAAACUGGGAGAAAUGAAGAUGUUCUUUGCCCAGAAGACACCCCUGCAGGAUUCACUUUUCAAGUUCCUGCAGGAGUCCGACCAAAUGAACACAGGUGUUGGAAGCGGCCUCGUGAUCAACUUCUUCAAGAAACUCAUAGUCACGUGUGCAGAUAGUUUUUCACGCGGGAAGUUCGUCCUUCCCUCUGAAAAAGAAGAUUACUUGAAGAUUAUCUCUUGCUGUCUGAAGUUCAUAAUGAGGAAUGAGAAAAAAUUUGAAAGCAACAAUCAAGUUUACAAGAAGUGUUUCAACGACGAAGAGCGCAAAAAGAUAGUGACGUGUUUCAAGACUAUCUCGGUGUUGAAGGAUUUCGGGGAUGUGCCGAUAGAUGAGAACCAGCUGCUGGAGGACAUCAACAAUGGAAAAGGAUCCGACAGACAGAGCUCACUGCACGACAGACUGGGUGAUUUCGAGCGGGAGCACGGGGCAGUGGUGUGUAGAGUGAUGGAACUGGUGCGGGGGUACAAUCUCAUGAUGGAGAGGGCCAUGAAGGCAUACAUUAGUGAGAGCGAACUGGAGGACUACUUAGACACAGUCGCCGAACAGUGGUACGACGUGACCAAACGAGCUCUGAAGUGUCUCGAGUCCAUUACAGGGGCCAUUCUUUCUCUCUACGCCUGGAAACUGUGCCAUGGUAAAGCUAUGGACGACGAAGACAUUACUGGAUACUCCAAAGUGACCCGUUACAACUACAAUGGAGAGGAGAAAACAGACAUGACAAUUGCGAUUGGACUGGCUAAGGGACUGCAGAGUGUACUGAUCAAGUACGAGGAGAUAUUCUCCUUCUUAGUCGGCAGACACUGCUUCGCCAGGAUACACCACGUGACCGAUAAAGUUAUACCGGUGCUCGUGGAAAAAAUUCCGGAAAAACACAGAAUGACAACCCGCAUGUACCUGGAUACACUUGUCAAAAUUGCCAAGAAGUUCAGGAACCCCUACAAGAACCCAAGCAAUCUUGGCCCCGGGAACUCCCCGGGAACUGCCCGGGACAACAAAUCUGGCGGGAAAUCUGGCGAGAAGAAGGGCGGACAUCAUGUUCAGACAGUUGAGGCGGAGCCAUCUCCUACUGGGUCUACCGGUCCUGGAAAUACCCAGCUGUAUAUGAUGAGAUCUAUGUUGGAGUGGCUAUGUUCUUCGGACCAGAUCAAGUUGCACAAAAGGGCAAAGGAGUUAAAUCAGCAGCUGAUGGCAUUCCACGAGGAAACAUUCUACUGGAGUUACGCACUCAACCUCACCUCAAUCACCCCAAAAACAGGUGACAUGAGUAUCCUGUGGUUUCGGGAGAGUUACCUCACCAUGGAAAUUGCCAAGACCAACCCUGACCCCCAAUUCGGGUUGAAUGAGAGCAUGCCCUGGAUACUAGCCGAACACUUGCUCGAGUCAGAUGUGGGGGCGGGUGCUCUCAUCGAACACUGUCUUAUUCCUUUCGAACUCUACAACGACUCGGCAGAAGCAGUUCUCAAAUUCUUUCGCAAACAGCAUCUCUUCGACGAACUGGAAGCGGAGACCUCUCUGGGAUUCGAACAGCUGAUCCACUGGUUGUACACUCACGUGUUUGAGAAUACAAUUGAGAGGGCUCUCUUUCAUUAUGCUGUCACAGUUGCACCUAAAAAGAUGGAGAAAUCGAACCUCGGUGAACCGCGGAAACUGAACUGCAAGUGGCUCCUCCAGCAGAGCAACAUCAUCAUGUUGGGCCAGACUAUCAAUCUGAGAGAGAGAAUGGUGUCCAAGUUGGCCUCCCUGUUGAGAGAGGAACUGGCGAUGGUGUUUGCCAGAUUCAGGAACUCCAGCUACAGUUUCGCCUAUAUCUGGGAGAUGUACACCAAGAUUGAGAUUCUGAGAGUUGCUCACAGUUUUCUGAUCGAAGACGUCGAGCUUCCGGACUUUGAAACACUCAUCCAAGAAGGCAAAGCGACUGCUCUUCCCGAGAACCAGCCAUUUUUCCACUUAGUCAUCAAGAAAUUAGAAUCAUCCAUUUUCCCCAUGUACAAUUUUGAUUUACACAGUGGAUGCGCCUAUCUGAACAAAGAUUUGUGGGCCAAUUUGACUUGUUAUACGAACCCAGAGACAAUGGAACUAGUUUCCCCUCCAGUACCCGAAUACCGACUGAAAGCUGCGAAUAAAAAGACGACAUUCUGUAUAAAUGCUUCGGAAUACACCGAGAAACUGUUCACACAAGUCGUCGCGCCUUUGUUCGCUGUUAAAUUCUACACUAUUUGCGAUGAACAUUACCGGGCUCUUGUAAAUUUGAUAUCGCUCGAAGAGUUGGCACUUAUAGUUCGGGAAAUUUCGAGAAUCGUGGUCGAAAACUUCGCGAAAACUGAAGUGAAAGGCAUGUUCGGAUCUCAGCCUGUUCCGAGUGUCUUGUUCACACUUUCUCAGCUGUGCAGCGGAAUGAAUUCGUCCGAGUGUAAACUGGUAGCGACACCGACCGAUUCUUAUGCUCAGAUUAUCCGAAUGCACGAAGCCUUCUGCCCCAUAAUACUCUACAAAGACUUGGAUUUUCUAAUCGAGGGGCUGACGGAAGUGGGAAACGCGAUGAUAUUUUUAUUCCACCUGGAGAAAAUAGUGAAAACAGAGGAAGCUAGACGACAUGUGGCCAGUGCACUGUUCACUAACCGGUUCAACCAGGACAAGUUCAUUAAUCUGAUUGGUCGAGGAAGGUUCAUGGAACUGAAGAAAAUGAACGUGUCCAAAUUGGGGAGGAAUCCUAGCCCUGAGACCAUGAGAAAAAUCGAGCACCAUGCAAAUGAGGCCACUUCUCUAUACGUGAAUGUCAAGGUUGACCUGAUGACUAGAAGCAAUAUCUUCAACUACCUGGACCUAGAAACAUCUAGGAUCCCCGGACUCCUGCAACAGACACUCAUUGUUCCCGAGGAGACAGCUUCCUUCUUUGGAAAACUUCUUUGUGACCUGCAAAAUGUACUGAUAAACAACCAGAUUUUCAAUUUCUCCGAUCUCAAUAGCGAACCUCCUGCAAAUGUACAGAACGCUGACCCAUUUUUGGGCCUUCGUAACGAUAAAGCCAUACAAUUCCACUGGCUAUGGUCCGCGAUUGUAUUUGCAAUGGCUAAGCCUAAACCUCAAGUUGAGGAGCCAAAUCUAACAUCUGCUAAGUCUCAUUACAGUGAUGGGGCCACGUUUUCAGGAUGCGCGUUAGUUUCCCUUCUGGGGCAAAAUAACCGAUUCAAAGCGUUUGAUUUGUGUUCGUUUUUGGAGACAAUCGAAACCGUUGAGCUUGCUGAAAAAGGCAAAAGUAGCGCUUUGAGAAAGUUCAACUUGAAUAAAAGUGAGGCACUUUUUGACAUAGAGUUUUAUCUCAAAAGGGCAGAGGAACUAUCAAAAAUAAAUCAUAGCAACUUGAAGCUUAUGGAGUCAUGCAUGAAAUCCUAUGGAAUCAAAAGUGGGCCAAUGCUACAUCCGAAGUCUGUUAUGACAAUCAUACCUGCAGAAGAUUGAAGAAACUCAUUUAAAAGAUCAACCGAUUGAAAUUAAGCCAAAUUGUUUGCCAAUGUCGGCGACCUUGAGCAACUCAAUCUGUCAAACAAUGGAAUUACCUACAAUCUGGUUUUAAUUAUCUGAUAAAAGAGUUAAUAAUCCGACAAAAUUAGCUCUCAAAAGCAAUCUAAGAGUUUCGAAGAAAUCUAGUAUAUGCAUAUUUUUAUUUCCAGGCUACCUUGAGACAUAAAAACUACCUGAUGCCUGCAACUUUAAUUUGAAAUAGACUUUCUCGUUCAAAUUAACUGCUCUGUAAUUUUUUUGUUGGUUAAAUGACCUAAAAAUUAUGAGAGCUAAAAAUGCGCAAUUGGCUAUUUGAAACAAAUUUCUUGCAGAUCUUGAACUUUAAAAAAUGUGAAAAAAUCAAUUAAUUGGAAAACAUGGUCGAUUUUAAAAAUUUGAUCUCAAAGUCGUCGAUACUGCCAGCAAUUUGACAUUGAGCAGAAAAAACUUUAAAUCAAUUUGACAGAUUUAAAAUUGAUAUCGUGAGUACCGAAAAGUAAUGAAAGGUAAUCAAACAAAAUACUUGUAAAUUUUAUCCAAUAAUUUCCUGAUUAAUAAUGAAAAUGUACAGUUUAGUUCUGAUAUUUAAAGUUGAUAUCGUGAGUACCAAAAAGUAAUGAAAAUUAUUCAAACAAAAAACUUGUAAACUCAAUCCAAAUAAUUUCCUAAUUAAUAAUGAAAAUGUACAGUUU